CCGUUCAGUUUUUGGAAAUCAAGGCUUGGCUGCUGCAUUGUUUGUUACCUCAGUAACUGUGAAACUGAUAACUCUCUGAAGCUACUGCGCUGAUAUAAAGACAUUCAAACGCAAACUCUUGAACAAAAUCAGCACCAACAACAACAUCAAAAGAUGAGCUCAUAUUUCGUCAACUCUCUCUUCACUAAAUACAAAAGUGGAGACACUCUGCGGCCAAACUAUUACGAGUGCGGAUUUGCUCAGGACCUAGGGACGAGACCCACCGUCGUGUACGGUCCAGGCACCGGGGCCACUUUCCAGCAUGCCCCUCAGAUUCAAGAGUUUUACCACCACGGCGCAUCCACGCUCUCUGCAUCUCCUUACCAGCAGAGUCCCUGUGCAGUAACUUGUCACGGCGAGCCGGGUAACUUCUACGGUUAUGAUGCUCUCCAGAGGCAAACGCUUUUCGGUGCUCAAGACGCCGACUUGGUUCAGUAUAGCGACUGCAAGCUCGCCGCGGGGGGCAUCGGCGACGAGACGGACAACACAGAGCAGAGUCCGUCGCCCACACAGCUGUUCCCGUGGAUGCGACCUCAAGCUGCCGGACGGAGGCGAGGACGCCAGACCUACAGCCGCUAUCAGACGCUGGAACUCGAGAAAGAGUUUCUCUUCAAUCCCUAUCUAACACGCAAGCGGCGGAUUGAGGUAUCACACGCUUUGGGACUGACAGAACGACAGGUCAAAAUCUGGUUUCAAAACCGUCGCAUGAAAUGGAAAAAAGAAAACAACAAGGACAAGUUUCCAAGCAGCAAGUCUGAACAAGAGCAGAUCGAAAAAGAGAAACUGGAGAAAGAACAGGCAUCCGGAACACAGCCAGCUGGCGAAGACUGCGACAAGGCAAAAGAAAUGUAAAGCGGAUGCGAGUGUGUGUGUCUGUGUGUGUGAGAGAGAGAGUGUGUGUGUUUGUGUGUACGUGUGUCAGUCAAUCAAAAAGGCAAAGAAUAAAUAGGGAAAAUAAAACAGGACAAUGACGAAGAGAAUAACGGUGUUUGCAUGGGAGGUUUGUCUCACAGAGACAUUUUAAUCAAGUCGAGUGGUUACAUCUUUCAUUCGAGGAAGGAACAGAAAAAAAAAUUACUGGGACUAGACGAAUGACUAUACACUUAAUGUGGUGACCACAGAACUUCAGGAAGACGAAGGACAAGAGGCAUUUCUACUUUUUAACUGUUGUUCAGAGAGUAUGAUAGUGAUAAAACUAGUCUCCUUUCUUUGUGAAAUAAUUAUCGUGAAACUUAAGUUUCUAUUGUUAGGAUAUUGUCAUUAACAAUUACCUUGGCAGCUGUAUAGUUUUUAAGUUAAAUGGUGCACUUUUAACUGUUCUCACUUACAUGUUAUGAUGAUGACGUAGAAAUGAAUGACUUCCAACAACAUGAAACUGCCUAUUUAUGCCGUAGAAUCUCUUUUUACACGUCUUUGGUUCUUCUUAAAUCGAUGGUAUUUUUGUUGUCUUCCUUUCAUGGGGUAAGCAUG